AUGUCCGGCCGAGGCAAACAGGGAGGCAAGGCGCGCGCGAAAGCGAAGUCGCGCUCGUCGCGCGCGGGCCUGCAGUUUCCUGUCGGCCGAGUGCACCGGCUGCUUCGGAAAGGUAACUACUCUGAGCGUGUGGGUGCUGGUGCGCCUGUGUAUCUAGCAGCCGUGCUGGAGUACCUGACGGCUGAGAUCCUGGAGCUGGCGGGUAACGCGGCGCGCGACAACAAGAAGACUCGCAUUAUCCCGCGCCACCUGCAGUUGGCUAUCCGCAACGACGAAGAGCUCAACAAGCUGUUGGGCCGCGUGACAAUCGCGCAGGGCGGCGUCCUGCCCAACAUCCAGGCCGUGUUACUGCCCAAGAAGACGGAGAGCCACCACAAGGCCAAGGGAUAUAUAUAUAUAUAUACACACACACCUUACAUUAGGAUGAAAUUCUGA